GUGAACAGGAUAGUCCACGUGAACAGGAUAGUCCCUGUACACAUGCUCACAACUUUCAGAAGAGAUCACGUGCCGUAGGGAUUGCGUUGAGUCGCCAUGAUCAUCUACGGCUGUGUGAAGGUCAAAGCGAUCACUUACAGCACCGUCCUCAUCACAUGGUGUACUAUCAUUCUAUGCUACAUUCUGGCCGUCAGUCUCGGUCACGUUCCAGCAUGGUUGCCAAUGAUCAGCGAUUGUGCCGUCGAAGCUCCGGAAAAGUAUCCGUUUCGUCUUGGUCUAAUUGCGGGAGCGACAGCUCUCUUUGCCAAUGUCAUCAUGGUCUACUAUGCGUUCCCAAACUUCAGCUUCCGCAAGCUACAACUGGCUCUUGGACUAGUGGCCAGUGUCGGUCUGGCCACCGUUGGAGCAGUAAAUGAGAAGGAGAACAACACAGUGCAUACAGCUGCAGCCAUUGUGUUCUUCCUUGGCUACGACAUCUACAUGACCAUCAUUGCAUACAACGCUCCAACAGAUGACAAGAUAUCAUCUGCGUCAGUAAUCAACAAACGAAUAUUUGCCGUCCUAGGAAUCAUCUUACUGGUCGGUGCAGGACUCUUCAGUUUGGGUGGAAGACAGUACAAAGUCUACGUGGCUCUCUGUGAAUGGCUUGGUACGUUAGGAAUUGAAAUAUUCAAUUUGACAUUCAUUCAGGACUUUACUGAUCUCGCACUGUUGGAAGUCAAGCUAGAUAAAAGUUAUUCUAGCCCCACUGGUGAUUGGAUGGGCAAUUGUGAUGGAACAAAACUUGUUGCUGUGGAGAAGAAAGUUCCUCUGUGAUUAAGACCUGUAGAGUCUAGGACUAUCUGGUCCGACGCGUCUAGCUAUCUUUACCAUGUUUUGAUUGUUGAAAUUAGAAAUUAUUAUAGCAAUCAAAUUAUUUUUGUCUACUAUGGCAAUAAAUA